AUGCACGCAAUAGUCAACCUGGCCAUUAACCUUGAGAUAUUGAACUUGAAUUUCUGCUGUGGUCUCACCGAUGGGUCGGUCUUGGCCAUAUCAACAGGGUUGCCAUACCUUCGAGAAAUAGAUUUAUCAUUUUGUGGGCUGGCGGUGAGCGACUCGUCGUUGGCGUCUUUAUCAUUAUUGCACUACUUGGAAAAAGUACUCCUUCGUGGAUGUAUCAGAGUAACAAGAGGUGGCGUCGAUGCGUUGCUUACAGGAGCAGCAACAUAUAUUGAUAUUGGACAGUGCCGUAACGCACACAUGUACCCAGGAAACAUACCAGCUCCAGUAUUUUCCACCCAGUGGGUAAAAGUGGCAAACAAAAUAGUCUACAUAGAGAUGUAA